AGGUCAGGCAGCUUGUGACAGCAGAAAACCAAAUAGGGUCCCAGUGGGGAGGCAGGACUGGAGAGACCAGACAGACCAGAGAGGCUGCUAAAAGCAGCUUCGGAGUUGGCUUCCGGCGCUCGGCAAAAGCAUCCUUCCGAUUCUAGAGGGAAACUUAAAUCAUGAAGCUAAUUACUGUCCUGCUCCUCUGCUCCAGGUUGCUACCGAGCUUAACGCAGGAAGGAGCCCCCCAGGAAAUCGACUGCAAUGAUGAGGAUGUAUUUCAGGCUGUGGAUGUUGCUCUGAAGAAGUUCAACACUGGGAAAACAAUCGGCAAUCAGUUUGUGUUGUACAGAGUGAUGGAGGGCACUAAAAUGGUUGGCUCUGAAACGUUUUAUUCCUUCAAGUAUCAGAUCAAGGAGGGGAAUUGUUCUGUGCAAAGUGGCCUCACCUGGCAAGACUGCCACUACAAGGACGCCGAGGAAGCCGCCUCUGGAGAAUGUACAGCAGUCGUGGGAAAGAGAGGAACUAAGAAAUUCUCCGUAGCUACCCAGGCAUGCGAGAUUACUCCAGGUAACGGCCCCGUGAUGACAGCCAAGUACACCUGUUUGGGUUGUGUCUACCCCAUAUCGACUGAUAGCUCCGAACUCGAACCGAUUCUCAAACACGCCAUCCAACAUUUCAACAACCACACUGAUCACUCCCACCUCUUUGCUCUUGAAGAAGUAAAAAGAGCCCAGAGACAGGUGGUGGCUGGACUGAAUUUUGAAAUUACCUACUCAAUUGUGCAAACUAAUUGUUCAAGGAAGCAUUUUCGACUCUUAACUCCAGAGUGCAAAUCCCUUCCGAACGGUGAUGUUGGUGAGUGUAGAGAUAAUGCCUUUGUGAAUAUCGAUCAAAAAAUUGCUUCCUUCUCCCAGAGCUGUGACAUUUAUCCAGGAGAAGAUUUGUCACACCCACUUCCUGAGAAUUGCCCUGGAUGCCCCAGGAGCAUACCUGCAAACAGCCCGGAGCUGACAGAGGCACUCGGUCAUGCUAUCAGAAAGCUUAACACAGAAAAUAACCACGCUUUCUAUUUCAAGAUUGACACAGUGAAAAAAGCAACAUCACAGGUGGUGAGUGGAAUGAUAUAUACUAUGGAGUUCAUAGCCAGAGAAACUGAGUGUUCCAAGGAGAGUAACACAGAAUUGACAGCAAAUUGUGAGGCCAAGCCUGCUGGGCAAAGUCUCAACUGCAAUGCUAACGUGUACCUGAAGCCUUGGGAGAACAAAGCGGAAGCGACUGUCGACUGCCAAGCCUUAGAAAUGAGUACAAUGAUGAGAAGGCCUCCAGGCUUUUCACCUUUCCGAGGAGUCCAAGUACAAGAGACAAAAGCAGGAGCAACUGUAAGUCCACCCUCUACUGCCAUGGUGCAAGAAGAGCAGAAUCCAGAAAAUGAGCAAAGACCCGCUCACGGGCAUGAAAGACAAACAAAGUAUAAGGUUGACCAUGCCCAAAAGCAUGGGCAUGACCAAGGCCAUUGGCCCCCGCAGAUUCAUGGCCUUGGCCAUGGACAUCAGAAACAACAUGGCCUUGGCCAUGGACAUCAGAAACAACAUGGCCUUGGUCAUGGACAUCAACUUAAAUAUGAUUUUCUUAAACCCCAAAGGGAAGAUGGCUUUGACCAUGGACAUAGAGUGGAACAUGGUCAUAAGCAUGGUCAUGGUCAUGGUCAUGGUCAUGGCCACGGUAAACACGAAAAUAAAGGCAAAAACAAAGGAAAACACACUGACCAGAGAACAGAGCCUUUGGCAAGCUCUUCUGAAGACAGUACUACAUCCUCUGCACAGAUCCGAGGGAGGACAGAGGGAACCACCCCUAGCCCUCCCCUAGCUCGGCCAAGUGUUACCCCUUCUGGCUUCCAGGACUCAGAUUUAAUUGACAGUGUGGUGGCUACCACACCACCAUAUGUCGCAGAGAUUGAUGAUGAUUUGAUCCCUGAUAUCCAUGUACAACCAGACAGCCUUUCAUUUAAGCUGAUAUCUGACUUUCCAGAAGCAACAUUCCACACAUGUCCUGGACGCCCAUGGAGGCCAGUUGGUACAAAGGAUCUAACCACAGAAAUGGGAGACUUCUCUGAUUUUGAUCUUGCUGAUGCUCUUUCUUAGCUUUAUACAGCCUGCUAGCUCAGAGAGGCAGAGAAAGCACCCAGCUGAUUUUCCUCCUCCACCGUUGUCCCAGAAGCCUGUCCUCUCUCCUUGUCUCAAAUAAAUCUCUUCCAACUCACUCUCCCUCCCCUCUACUUCCUCUGCAUCUCUCUAUCCGUCCUCCUGACUCCUUCUCUUUAUGUUUUUUUUUCUUAAUAAUCCUAUGUUCACUUCCUGUCAACUGGUUGCUUGCUCCACCUCUUGACCUAUGGUUGACUUUAUUUAACCCUGUUUACAAUAUUUAAGCAGAAAGCUCUUGGGUUAAAGGUGUGUGCUAGGGCUGAGCCACACCACAACUAGAAACAGGUUUUUCCAGUAAGAAAUGCAAUCUUGGGGUUCAGAGUGUGAUCAAAUAUCCUGCAACAAUAUGCCUUUUUGUACCCACUGGUGAGUCCACCAGACUCCAUUGGAAACUUCCAUACCCAUGGCCACUGAGACACUCUAGUGGUCAUUAGACAGACAGACAGACAGAAAACCUGAACGUGAGACAUGGGCCUGUAGGGAGGAGGGGCACUGACAAGUAUGGGAGGGAAAAAACAGGGUGUGGGGGAUAAGAAUAUUACAUAUGAAAAUUUCAAAGAACAAUAUAUAUGUGUACAUAUAGAAAUAUAUGUAUAUGUAAAUGAAUACAUAUGUAUAUAUAUGUGAAAUUGUCAAAGAACAAAUUCAGCUUGUUAAAAAUAUUAUUGAUCAUAAACAACCAAACACAUAUAAAAAAUGAAAAGUUUUGAAAUACUGUAAGAAUUACUGGAGCUGGAGAGAUGGCUCAGUGGUUAAAAGCACUGACUGCUCUUCCGGAAGUCCUGAGUUCAGUUCCCAGCAACCGCAUGAUAGUUCACAACCACCUCCAGUGGGAUCUGAUGCCCUCUUCUGGCAUAAAGUCCUACACGAAGAUAGAGCUCUCAUAUACAUAAAAUUAAUUAAUUAAUUAAUUAAUUUAAAAGAAAAGAAUUACCAAAAUGUGAAAGAGACAGAAAGUGACCCCACACCACUGAACAAAUGAUAUCAAGGGAUUCCCGAUUGCAGAUUUGCUGCAAACCUUGGAUUUAGAAAAAGCAAAAUAUCUACAAAAUGCAAUAAAGUGAUGUACGGGAAGAAAACAUAAGGAUGUGACUUUUAACAGUUUAACAGCCAGUCUGUAAAUGCAUGUGUUGCUGAUGUUUAAAUUUACUGGAAGCAUCUGAGCUCUGAGUGUUUCUUUCAUUUCAAAUAUUGUCUACAUUUUAAAAUAAA